AUGAAGACACAAGCGGUUCAAGCGGUGGUCUGCAGCGCCCUCGGUGCCUUGCUAUUAUGGGCGCCUGCCGUUACCGCCCAGCAACCGCACCAGCCAAGGAUUGCAUUGAAGCUGACGGAGGAAGCUCAGGCAAAACAACAGGACGAUCCUAACUUUAUCGCAUCGCUCAUACAAAGUGCCAGCCCAGCAUCGUUCAGGCUGUCAGCCCCCGAAGAGGUCUCUGUCGAUCCCAUCCUCACAUCCCAACGCUUGGAUGACCUAGAGGCAAAAGUAGUGCCUACGGGGAAGUUCAAUACUUUCAAGGUACCCAAUUUCAACGCAUGGUACAAUGUCCAGGUCGGGCCGGGUGGUUCAGAGAACCAAGCGCGAAACGUCGGCGACACCGCCGCACAGAAUACCACAGGAACCGACGAACCGCGGUUAGCUUUGCCAAAGGACACCCUCGAGCUUAUUCACCGGCUUCAUAAGCUUCCAGAAGUCGAGAGCGCGCACGCGCUCUAUCCCGGGCCCCCGCCCGCAGUCAAUGCCGGUGACGACCCUCGGAACGUGUGGCAAGGAUACCUCAACGCGGCGCCCCAAGGUAUUAAUGCGCGGUACGCUUGGGGUUUCCCUGGCGGUGAUGGCGCGGGAACGAAUAUCAUAGACGUGGAACAAGGGUGGAAUUUGAACCACGAAGAUUUGGCCGCCGCGGGCAUUACACUGAUCUCAGGUCGAAACCAAGCUUGGUUUGCGCACGGUACAUCCGUCCUCGGGGAGAUGUUCAUGGUCGACAACCAGAUCGGUGGGGUUGGGAUCAUACCCGCGGCCAAAGGGAGGGUGGUCUCGCAGCACCGUGACGAUUGGACUUACAACACCGCCGAUGCUAUCCUGGACGCAGCCGCUCACCUGAGCUUCGGCGAUAUCAUCUUGAUCGAAGCACAAGAGUACGACCCCGUCAGCGGCGUCUACUACUGGCCGGUGGAGAUCGUCGACGUCAACUUCGACGCCAUCCAACUCGCAACCGCCAUGGGUAUCACCGUCGUCCAAGCCGGGUGCAACGGCGGCUACGACCUAGACCUGUACACCAGCCUCUCAGGAAAACGCAUCUUUGACCGUUCCAGCCCAGACUUCCGCGACUCCGGCGCCAUCAUGGUGGGCGGCGCAAACCCCGCCGUCCCCCACACCCGGUGGUGGGGAUCCAACCACGGCUCCCGCAUGGACGUAUACGCAUGGUCCGACGGCAUCGACACCGCCGACAGCGACGACGUCACCGGAACCGCAGACUGGUACACCAGCUGGUUCGGCGGCACAUCCGGCGCCUCGCCCAUCAUCGUCGGCGCCGCCGCCAUCGUCCAAGCCAUGUCCCACGCCCGCCACAACACCAAGCUCCACCCCAUCGAACUCCGCCGCAUCCUCACCACCACCGGCGGCACCCCCAGCGCCGACCCGCCCAACGACCGCAUCGGCAUUAUGCCCGACCUCCAAGCCAUCAUUGACACCAUCUUCUCCGGCGCCAACGACACCUCGGACCUCUACCUACGCGACCACGUCGGCGACACCGGCGAAGCCACCACCCCCACCCAGCCCAACACCUCCCACCGCUUCACCAGCCCCGACAUCAUCAUCCGCCAAUCCUCCCUCCCCCACCCCGCCACAACCCUCGGCUCCAACAGCGGCACCGAAUCCAACCCCUCCCUGUCCGACCCCAUCCUGCCCGGCCACGCCCACGCCGUCUAUCUCCGCCUGCUCAACCGCGGCAGCAGCCCCGCGCAGGACGCCACGGCGACGGUGUACUGGGCGGAGCCGGCGACGCUGGUCACGCCGGAGAUGUGGCAUGUGGUGGGGAGCGUGGAGGUCGGGGAGGUGCCGGAGGGGGGCGUGUUUGUGGUGGCGCCGGCGGUGGAGUGGACGGCGCCUGCGGAUAGUGCUGGGAGCGGGUAUUGUUUUGUGGCGGUGGUGGGGGCGGGGACGGAUCCGGUGCCGGUGCCGGCGCUGACGGGGGGGUUCGAGGAGUUUGUGACGGGUGUGGUGCAGGGGAGUAAUAAUGUUGCGUGGCGGAACGUGGGCGUGGUGAGCGCGCCGCCGGCGUCGGGGAAUGGGACUGGGUUUCAUAGGUUUUCGCUGAAGAUUCCGGGGGCGUUUGAUGAUGCGAGGGAGUUUGUGGUGAGGGGGGUUGGGAAGCUACCGAAGGGGUCGAAGGUGAGGCUGCAAGUGCCACAGGGGUUGGCGGGGACGAUGGGGAUGAAGGGGUGUGCUCAUCGUGGGGAGGAUGGUCAAGGGAUUGUGGUCGUGGGGUUGCAGCCGGGAGAGACGGUGCAGAUUGGGAAGGGCGUGCUGGCGGCAAAGAGUGUUGCGGAUUGUCAGCUGCAAGUGAAGGUUCCGGAGGAAACGUACAAGGGUGAAGGAGAUUAUGAGUAUGCGCUCGUGCAGGAGUGGCAGGGGGUCGAGGUAGGGAGAAUAACGUGGAGGUUUGGCCCUGUGGCGGAGCUGUGA